UGUAAUUGCAUUCCUAAAUGUUGGACUGCACCUUUAAUGUCUCUAGAUGCGCCUGACUGCUGGAUUCGUCCAAUUAGUGUGUAGGUGGAGCGCAGGAGGCGACCGAGCGGGGAGAGCACACACACACACACACACACGGAUACGCGGACUCGGUCUGUUACAGUUCCUGGAAGCGGAGAAAGGCGUGUAAAGUUUCUUCCCGAGCUGGUGAUCGGCUGCACAAAGUCACUCUCGAACAGUUUGUGGAGUCUGAUGGUGCUGACGGAAGAUUUCCGGAUGAUUGAAGUGUCGAUACCCUCGAUGGAGAGGGAAGUGGAUGAGUCGGGAAAGUCCAAGAAGGAUGAUGUUUUAAAUGUGCCGGAUGAUGAAGCUCUUCAGAGUUGAAGUCUUGUUUAAUGAGAGGAAACAUUUUGUGCUCAGGAAAAGCAGCGAGUUCCAGACUCUCCACAGAAAACUCCGGAAGAUCAUCCAGACUCCAGACUUCCCGAGCAAAAGGAACCCUCAUCUGAGGACCAAACCAAUGGAGCAGAGGAGGCAGGAGCUGGAAGACUACAUCCAGGACAUCAUCUAUCAGAAUGAAGACGUGCCUCAGGCGCUGCUCGACUUCCUCCACCUGAAACACUUUCACACGGGGAACAAGAUCAGCAGCACAGAAUCACUCGAUGAAUUGGACAGUCAGGAUUACAGUUAUCAGUCACCACAUCAGCGAGUCUUUGGAUUUUUCCAGGAUCCGUAUGUCUCUGACUGCACCUCAGGUCUCCCGGAUAUUGUCGUGGACGGGGUUCUUCAGGGUUUUUACCCCCGUGACAUUCGGGUCAGCUUCACCGCCCCCAUUCUCACCGAGCCUGACCCUGCAUCCUCUAUAGAGGCCUGAAAUGAUAGUUUGUAAAGAUUUAAUGUUUUAAAGUAGAAUAUGCAGUACAGUCAAAUACACAAUGACACCAAGAAAGGAAGAAUGGAAGCAUACAGAAGGUCGCAGAAGAAAACAGCCAUAACUGGGUCACUUGGGUGACGCUUUUGUCACAAAUCGGCAGCCCCAGUGGGAUUUCAAUGUGAAACCAAGGCCUUCUUUGUUUCGAUACUCCUCUUAUUGUGAUGUUCAGCCCUUUGAGCAUCUGAUACUGAGGAUAAAAGUCAUCACGGAACCUGUUUUCAGAGGUAGUCUCUCAGUUUUUUCUGGGAUUUUAAUCCUGACGGUGGAUGAUAGUUUAAGUAACAUACAAACUGAUUUUAAUGAAGAUUUCGGGCACACACAAACUUGUCUUUUAUCCAUUUUCGCAACACUGUAGCUUAAUUUUUAAUUUUAGGGUAACAGAGCCAUGUGGGAGUGUAGAGGGUGAGUUGAAAUCCAAGAGGCAGGUGGGGUUUAGUUUUUUAAAUAUAUUCUUGUUUCUAUUAUAUAUUCUUGUCUCCUGAUAUAGGCGGGACUACAUAGAACUGACAGUUUCUUACAGAUAUUUACAGAAUUCGAGUUGAGUUCAAACUCAGUGAAGCCAUCGACCGAAUACUGGUGCUAAGGCUGUGAUAUGUUGAAGCAAGUGUUUUCACUGUAAACUUCUGUUUUUGAAGUUUUGUACCAUUUUGUUUAUAUUAAAAUUACAAUAAAGAAUCAGUCAUGACUCAU